AUGACAGAGCUGGCCAAUCUCAAGGUCAAGUAUCACUCCAUGGUUGAGCGCCACGCCACGCUGCUGGCGCAGCAUACUAUGCUCCAAGACGAGCAUGGCGUGUUGGAGGGACAGCACGAUGGCGUGCGCGACAUGUUGGCGUUGCUGCAAAAUAAGUACAAGUGGCUAUUUCGCGAGUAUUGCGAUCUGGCUCAGGAGCAAACUAAGUUGCAGAUCGUCGUGAUGCGGCAGGAGAAGGAGAUUGAGCGGCUCAAGAUGUUAUAUGAGGAUCAACUGGCUCUCAAGAAGGGCAAGCGCAAGAAGCGCCGUGACUGGGCGGCAUGGUGGGCUGAGUGGAAGCGCGGCAUGGGGUUUGCGUAG